AUGGAUUGUGGAAAGAAGUCGAACAAAAUCAGAGACAUUGUGAGGCUUCAACAAAUCCUGAAGAAGUGGAAGAGGUUAGCAAAUGGGGAGAAGAGCGGCGGCGGCGGCAAUGAUAAGUUGUUGAAGACAAGCGGGGCUUUGGUAACGGAGGAUGUUCCAAAAGGGUAUCUGGCAGUGUGCGUGGGGGAAGAGCUUAAGAGAUUUGUAAUCCCAACACAUUACCUAACCCACCAAGCAUUUAGGAUAUUGCUGCGGGAGGCUGAAGAAGAAUUUGGGUUUCACCAACAGGGUGUUCUUCAGAUCCCAUGCCAUGUCUCUGUCUUUCAAGAUAUCCUCAACUCUGUCCAACCAAACCACCACCAUUUUGCUGCUGAUAAUGAAAUCAUGUUAUCCUGA